AUGCCUCCCAAGUUCGCAAAGAAGCUUACUGCUUCACAAACCCAGCGUGCCAUCUCAAAUACGCAGGCUGAACCCGUCCAAGCCAGUCAGGAGCAGGCUACCCAGCCUGACGCAGAGACCCAGGUCGACGGCGACGCCCAGCCUGAUGCCGAUGAUCCUUCGAGCAGUGCUCACAGUAAUGUUGCCGAUGCUACGAUGGCUUCUACCGCCGAUGGCGCCGCAGCCUCUGGAGCCGACACUGCUGCCUCCUCUGCUGAUGAGGUUGAGACCAAAGUCUCCUCCAAGAAGAAGCCCGCAGGAAAGAAGGUUCCUGCCAACGGUGGCAAGGCUGGUGAUGGCAGUAAGAGAAAGCGCAAGCGCAAGCACGACCCUACCAACUUUCAGGCCUACAUCCACAAGAUUCAGAAACAAGUUCAUCCAGACUGCGCAAUGACCAAGACUGCAAUGCAGAUCAUGGGUGACUUCAUCAAGGAUCUCUGCCUUCGCAUUGCAGACCUCGCAUCUGACCUGUGCAAGAAGUUGAAGAAGGCUACUCUGCAGGCUCAUGACAUCCAGACUGCCACAAAGCUCAUCCUCUCAGGAGAGCUGGCCAAGCAUGCUCUGAGCGAAGGUGGAAAGGCUCUUCGUACCUUCAACAAGCGCACCGAGCAAGGUCUCCGCUAA